AUGCUCUGUACCGUGUGCGACAAUAUCACCCUCGAAUCCCUAAAUCGGCCUCAUGGCUACAAGCACAUGCCAUCUUUCCACGCUCUCCAGGCAUCUGCGGACGGUGGAUUGUGCUCUGUGUGCGAUAUUCUCUGGAAAGCAGUUGACGCUGAUCGCGUGCAAGAGUCUAAGGAUAGACAGGAGAACGGAGACGAUGAAGAGGAAGACGAUGUCCUGCUCAUGGAUUUUCCUGUCCGAUUGACCGUUGACGGCAUGAUUUGGGGAAAUAAAGAGAAAGCUAUCGAGAAGUUCAAAAAUUCGGAAAGCAGGUGGCAUAAAAGUGGUGCGACCUGGCAGUUAUAUAACUUGCAAACUGCGAAGGCGCCGGCCGUGCUCUUCGCCUGCUCUCUUCAGCCGGAUGAUUUUGAGCUGGGUCUGAAAUUGAGGACCCGUGGGAGCGUGUCACUUUACCGAGAGCCCCGCAUUGAUAUCUUCACCCACGAUCCCUACGCAGGGCGCCGUGUUCAAUCACAAGCCAAUUCCGCUGCAUGCUUUAAGCUUAUUGCUCACUGGAUGACGGUUUGUUUAACAAAACAUACGCACUGCCAGCGAGCUGUGUGUCCAUACAGCUGGACAGAGUACUCAGAUGAAUGGGCCAGGUCCCCAAGCAACAACUCGCUAAGAUCCGACUCGGAACAGUCAGACAGUCACCCUGUUGUGGAAAGUCCCGAAAAUUCUUCCCUGGACGUUGCUGAACCAGUUGACUCUCUGAAAUAUGAGAACGAUGAGUGUGAACUCUAUGCGGCUUCUCCAAAACGAGACAGACCUAUGCCCCCUGGACCAUUUAAUGAACUAGGGAGUAAGUACGACAAGUCUGAGAACCACGAGGUUUCUGGGACACAGAUCCCAUCACAACGGCCUCCAAAACGUGCCAGGUUGAGUUCCCCUGGACCAGUAACGCCUUCAGGCUCCUCCUCCGAGGUCUCCACGCCAAGGUUUGGAUCAGACCCUGCUAUCGUAACGUCGAAUCUCAAGCAACUUCAGGAAGCCACCGCAGCACAACUAAAUCAUACUCGCUCACUGACCAAACGAUCACCAUUAAGUCGAGGAGUCCUCAACAGAACAAUGCAUGCUCCUCGGCGUGGAAAUUCCUAUGGUCCAAUCGAUGACGGUAAUAAUAAACUAUAUUUCCGCAGCGAAGAGCUCCUCGGCUUGCAGGAAAACCCAUGGAAUUACUACGGUGUCGAAUUGCCCUCAAAGCCUAUACCGCUUCUCCCUACCAGGUAUAUAUACGUAGAUUGUAACCCUCCACAGCUCUGUGUUGCGGAAACCGAUGCUCGUGGAUUCUACAUUGCACUGAGCCACUGCUGGGGGAAAACUCGGCCACUGGUGACGACCACAUACACCCUGGCCGAUCAUCAGAAAGGAAUACCGCUGAAAGAAAUGCCGCAAACUUUCCAAGAUGCCGUGAUAAUCACCCGAGAACUUGGUAUCGAAUACUUGUGGAUAGACUCACUGUGCAUUCUACAGGACUCCAAGGAUGACUGGGAGAAGGAGUCAGCCAAUAUGGCCAGUGUUUACGGCAAUGCUUUUCUCACCAUCAGUGCGUCGGCUUCAGAAAGCCCCGAGCAAGGUAUCUUUCGGCCGCGGACCAUCCCACCUGGCCCGCCUGUCGAAUUGAGGUGUAACGACUCUGACUACGAGCCUAUCUACAUCGACUACAAGCAGGAAAACACGCCGUUCCAAGAGCGACAACCAACAGACAGCAGAGCGUGGUGCUUUCAGGAGAUGACGCUCUCUCCAAGGGUACUCGUGUAUGGAAACGAAAUGCUUGGCUGGCUGUGCGACAGCUCCAUGGAUGUCGAGCAUGGCUAUGUCGUGGAGCAGUACGAGAACCCCGACCCUCCUCUCCUGGCUCCGCGUUUGAACGCUAUGCCAGCUAAAAACCCGCUCGAACACCUUGGCUAUCCUUUUACGCUUUACCACUACUCGAGAGAGAGGGAGCGAGUAGUUGGCCGCUGGGCAUCCAUGGUGAACGCUUUCACCAAGCGCAAGUUGACGUACGAGAGUGACAGGCUCACGGCUCUCUCGGGUAUUGUGAAGGAGAUCCAGCUCCAGACGGGUGACGAGUACCUCGCUGGGCUGUGGCGACAGGACCUCACGCACGACUUAUUAUGGGAAGUGGACACUUUUUUUGCUACCAAGGACUCGACGUGGCAUCGGCCUGCAAAAUACAGGGCCCCAUCUUGGUCGUGGGCGGCGAUUGAAGGUCCCAUCCGCAUGGAUCUCCGUCCUUCUGAGCUGGAUAAAGCACAUGGCGACGUCAACCCUCCCGCUGGUGAUGUGCGGGUCUUGGAAGCCAAGACCACACCGAUCGGGCAAAAUCCUUACGGCGAAGUCAGUGGUGGGUAUCUGAAGCUGUCGACUCGGCUCUGGAAAGUCGUCUUACGCCCUUUCCAGAACAACAAAUCCGUUAAUCCUAAGUACUGGCUGCAGCCGAAUAAGUGGAAAGAUGGCAGGAUCAUGCAUAGACAGAGGGAUGUGCAUACUCCAGAAGGAGAGCGGAUAGGCAGGUGCGUUCUCGACAUGCCGGAUGAGAGAGACUGGGAUGCAACGGAGCUCUGGUGGGUGAAGGUUGACGUGCGUGAGUCGGGAGUGCUCGUUAUGAAAGAUUGCAAGGGAGACGCUUUUGCACGCGUCGGGACGGUGUGCCGGGCUGGUGUUCUCCCGGAGACGGAGAUAGUAGAGAUUCUCCUAGUUUAA